GUGUGGCUUGUUUUUUGCUGCGAAGUUCCCCGUUCUUAAAAUUAAAUUAAUCUCUAAUUAGUAGGCAGGCCUAUUUCUUCCCCAGGUUUCGUUUCUGGUAACUCCGCUGACGCUCCCGAGGCUUAUGCUGUAUGCUUGCUGCCACUGCUCAAUCACACAUUUCUAGAGGUCAGCCUACUGUCAGUUUGUUACAAGUUCGAGGAGUCAGCCUACUCGCAGUCUGUUUCAAUGAAAAUGUAUGGCAUAGACAAGGACCGACAUUUCAUACAUCUUCAUUGUCUGUGGAUUGUCGGCUAUGUUGCCUCCUCCCCCCUGCAUUCCAUUCCUGUCUCCAUCUCUUGCAAUGUGGGAAGCCAAGCCAUCCUUCCCUGCAAGUGGAAGUCCCAGCUAGACAACGUCCCAGUUUGCCAUGUCCAGUGGCAGACACCUGACGAGACCGUGUUUGAACAGAUGGGGGCGCUACGGUGGCAGGCAACCGAGUUUGAGGGGCGGGCGGAGGUACCUGAGGAAAAGCUGUGGGAGGGAGACUGCUCUCUGAUCUUGCAUGACGUGCAGUUUGGGGAUGUGGGCCUUUACGAGAGCUUCAUGGUGGUUGACAGGGCACGUAAUAAGAGGCGGGUGUUCAUCCAGAGUGUCCAGCUCUCAGUCCAUGACUACACGUCCGAGGAGUCCUUGAGGGUGGGUGAAAACCUGGCCCUGAAGCUCCACACUCCCCAGGCCAUGAAAGUGGUCUUCCAGGGGAGGAACAGCACAGAGUUGACGGUCCUGUGGAUGAGGGGUGAAGAGGAGGUCAACAGGGGUCGUCUUGAGGAGGCUGAAGGGUUUGUGGUCCUCAAAGGGUUGAAAAUAGACAACUGUGGGACCUAUACCGUGUUGGAUUCCCAUGGGCUGCCGGUUAGCACGGUUCAUCUCACAGUGGAAGCAUGUCAGGUUGAAACUCAAAAAUUUCAUCAGAUCCAGGUCACGCCAGCACCUGUAGGUAAAUCAACAUAUAACAGGUCCUCCUCUCUGCUUAUGUUAUUUGUCCUGCUGUUCAGUCCCCUGAUUCAACAUCUCCUCUAACAACGAUCUGCCAUGUAAGCAAGGUUUAAACCUAUUUGGCUGGUUUCCCAGACCGUCUGCAAUAUUUUUUUACACCUAAAGCCAAAUCACAAAUCAGAGUGCCUGGGUGCUUUCCCCCGUGAAAACAGUGAAAUUAUGAAAUUCAAUAGAGAUUUUUUUUUUUUAAAUGCUAAAAAGAUUUUGGCUGUAGUCUGGCCAUUGUGUUCCAGGGAAUUUAAUACAAUUAUAAAUAAUAAAGAUUGAGCAAGUUUCCAGGACCAUAUUAACCCUAUUCCUAAUGGACUAAAUAGCGAGCUCAAUAGAGAAUAUCCAUUGACACUGCUUUCUAGGCCAGGACUAGACUUAAUCUGUGUCAAGAAAAUAAAAUCCCAUUCAGUGUGAUGCUACUUUCUCUGCUAAUGUCAGUAGUGUAGGUCUAUACCUUACUGUCCAUGUAUUAUACAGAGUUUGGGUCAUUCCAAUUCUGUAAGAAUUUAGACUGUCCUGUCAAUUGUCAGUCUCUAUAUUUAAAGACUAGUUUUAAUUUCUGGAAGUUACGUAGACCUAGUUUUGUUUGUUCAUUUUACAUCAUUAAAUUGCAGACCUGCCAACCCUGUCCAGCUUUUUAGAGUACCAGACGCGAACGGCAAAUUGGAGAUUCAAGGGUUUUCUUUCCCCCUGCACGCUCGUGCGCGCACUGUUUGUGUGUCUGAUCGCAAUUAUAGAAUUGUACCAAUUCAAGUCUUUAUUAGGUUGGAAUACUUUCUUGACAGCAUUCCAUUUACACAUAUGGUAAAAGUCACUAACAAGAUCUAAUUAGAAAGAACUCACAAAGGGCCUUUAUUCUUGGAGUUUUUUUUAAUUUUUACAUUCUAUAAAACAAGUAAGUUGCUUAGGGAGAAAAUGUACAAACGUCUUAUCCACGAUUUAAACUCGAAUGAUGAGAACAAAUGUUUGAAGCAGAGCUUCAGUGUCAAACAUGUUAACCAUACUAAAAACGAAAAAGCUAUGAUAGGAAACAGUGGAUGAGAACAAAUCUUCUGGAGAUUAAAAUCAUUUCCUAGACAGAUUUGCCUGGUAGCUAGCAGAUUUAGCCUUAUCAAUCAACAUAUAACAUAUAGACUUCUCGUGGCAAACAGUUCCUCUGGCAGUCAUUGAAACCCUCUUGGCAACGAGGGCACUCAAUGUCUGUACCGAGGGAGAUUUUUGUGACGUGGAUCAUAAUUACAGUUAGAGUCUAUCAGGUUGCGUGAUCCUCGUAAUGUUACGUGGAAAAUAGAACUAAUGGGACGCAGAAUGAAAUGUAUAUCACACUCACAUGAAUGGGACCAGUUAUUUUUCGUGUUUGCAUUUAAUUUAUUUCACUAGCAAAUGCAAGUGAACUGCUGGCACUUUAGACCCCACUGAAUGUCUAUCUUAUGUUCGCUAACAUUAGCUUGAAACAAUGAGUGAGUGAUUCCACAACACACGGAGUGGAAAAGGGAUUUGUUCGUGUUUACGUACAGCUGACAGUCGGAAAAAAUCAGCAUCACAACAAACAGGAGGGGCUGACACGGGGUAGCUACGUCGAAUAAUGAUGUAUUAAUCUCCAAGUCCGUUGACACAAACUCCGUACAUGUCUGUGUGUUGCAGCUCGAGAAUCGGGAUGUUAGAUUUACUCAGUGAAUUUUUUAUAUUUUAUAUUAAAAUGUAAAAAAUAAACCAGGCCCUAUUCAUUUCUGCAUACUUUAUCUCUGAUCUGGUACCCGCGUACAUGGACAGAAAAUUGCGUAGUUGGUACGCAAAAUGCGGGCAUGUUGGCAAGUCUUUAAUUGAUAUGAAAACAGGAGCUCAUGUUUAGUAUGGAAGUUCAGAGAUUUUGAUUAUUACAUACUACUCAUAAUAGUAAUACAUUAUGAAAAUGUGAUUUCUGUAAUAAAAUGUAACAAUGUCAUCUUUAAUGUAUGUUAAAUAAAGCACUGAAUGAUUUA